AUGGCACCGACCAAGACAGUCCGGAAUAAGCAUGCUGUCAAGCGACCUGAAAAAGGCUCGUCUUCUGGUAAACCUAGCUCCAUGCGCUCUACCUCUCUCAAAAGCAAAGCAGGAAAGAAGCCGAAGCUGCCUCUGCCGAAACAACAGAGGACCAAGCCUGCUGCCGCUCAGAGAAGGAAGCAGAAGACUUAUACCGAUAAGGAACUCGGUAUACCAAAUCUGAACAUGAUUACUCCGGUCGGUGUGGAAAAGCCCAGAGGCAAAAAGAAGGGCAAGGUUUUCGUGGACGACGCAGAAAGCAUGAUGACUAUUCUUGCAAUGGUCAAUGCAGACAAGGAAGGACAAAUCGAGAGUAAAAUGAUGCGUGCACGACAGAUGGAAGAGAUCCGAGAAUCAAGGAGAAAAGAAGCUGAAAAGAAAGAAGAAGCGAAAAGAGAACAGCUGGAGAAGACCAAGACUUACCUCAGAAAAGAACGAAAGCGGAAAUCUACAACCAAGAUGGAGGUCGAGACGCAGCAUGAGCGAGGGGGUGCGGACAGAAAGAGAGUCUCUUUUGCGUAG